AUGAAAAUUUGUGUUCAUUCAGGAAAGUUUCAUGCAAACGAUGUACUCUCUGUUUUCUUGUUAAAAUCGCUAGAUGAGUAUAAAAAUGCAGAAGUUAUCCGAACAAGAGAUAUGGAAGUCAUUAAUAACUGCGAUAUUGUUUGCGAUGUUGGAGGAGUAUAUGAUCAUGAUAAAAAACGAUAUGACCAUCAUCAAACAAACUUCUUUAUGACAUAUCCAAACAGAAAAGUACCACUUUCUUCUUGUGGAUUAAUUUAUCUUCAUUAUGGAGAAAGAGCAAUCCGAGAAAUUCUUAAGAAAAACAAUCGCGAUGCUGGUAAAUACAUUCAAUUUCUCAUUGAUUCCAUGUAUGAUAACUUUGUUCAAGAAAUUGAUGCAAUUGAUAACGGCUUUUCACAAGUUGAGGGGCGGACAUCUAAAUAUGUUAUAACAUCAGAUAUUUCAAGUAGAAUAGACUACUUAAACAUCAGAUCUGAAGAAAAUAUGAAAGAAUUUAAUCAGGCUAUCGAUUUAAUUGGCGAAGAAUUUACAUUUAGACUUCUUAGAUACUGCGAUUGCGAUGUUCCUGCAGCCGAAGUUACACAAAAAGCUUAUGAUUCAAGAUUUGACGUGGAUCCAAGCGGUCACAUCAUGGUUUUAUCAGAAUUUUGUGAUCCAAGACCACAUCUUAAGUAUAUUGAGAAACCAGACCAGCCUCUCAUCUAUUUCUAUCUUAGACAAGAUGGUAAUUUACCAUGGAGAAUUCAAACUGUUGAGUAUCCUGGUAGUUUUAAGCCAAGAGUACGUCUUCCAUACGGCGGACUUAUGGAAGAAGAUUUAUCCAAAGCUUGUGGAAUUCCUGGAGGAAAAUUCUGUCACAAGACAGGAUUUUUAGGUGUCUUUUACACAUAUGAAGGAGCUCUCGCAUUUGCACGUUUGGCCUUAGAAAAGAAUUUGAAAUAA